ACACAAAUCUGGCUGUACUUGAAUCUUUUUGUGUUAUUUAUUCUUCUCUCUUUUCUCUUUGUAUUUUACAUGCACAACACUCUGAAUAUGUUGAUUUUUAGACUUGAUGAAAGUGAAUAAAGACAAACCACUGCAGAGUCAAAAAGAUCAUCAUUUCACAAAUGAAGUUGCCAAAUAUGCUCCCAUUUUAAAGACUGAAGAGAAUUUAAUUGAAGUAACUACACUAGAAAGUGAAGUCAAAGCAUCCUUUGCUUGCUCUGAUUGUGGAAAGACUCUCAUAUAUAAAUCAUCCCUUAAGAGACACAUGAGGAUUCACACCGGAGAAAAAAGGUUUACAUGUGCUCAAUGUGGAAAGAGCUUCUCCGCCAAAAGAGAUCUGAGUCAUCACACGAGCGUUCACACCGGAGUCAAAACGUUUACAUGCGCUGAGUGUGGAAAGAGUUACAAUCGCCAAAGAAACUUCAGUGAUCACAUGAGGAUUCACAAUGGAGGAAAUCCCUUUACCUGCACUCAAUGUGCAAGGAGUUUUGUUCUGAAAACAUCCUUAAAUAGACAUCUGAAAGUUCACUCUGAUGAAAAACAGUUCGUGUGUGAACAGUGCGGAAAGAGUUUUGUUUACAGAGGAGGCUAUGAUGAGCACAUGAGGAUUCACACCGGAGAAAGACCGUUCACGUGCGCUCAAUGUGGGAGGUGUUUCAUUCAGAAAAGAAGCUUCAUUCGACAUCUAAAUGUUCACACUGGAGGAAAAAUAUUCGCGUGUGCUUCGUGUGGAAAGAGUUUCAAAACUAAAAGCAGCCUCAAUAGUCAUCAGCGCGUUCACACUGGAGUGAAGCCGCUCAGCUGUGAUCAGUGCGAGAAAACAUUUGUGUCCGCAUCAAACCUAAGAAAGCACUUUAAAGUUCACGCUGGACUGAAGCCUCACUGCUGCUCUUCUUGUGGAAAGAGUUUUUCACGAAUGGAAAACUUACUAGUUCAUCUGCGCGUUCACACCGGAGUGAGACCGUAUACGUGCUCAGACUGUGGAAAGAGCUGUAGUUCAUCAAGCGACUUAAAAACACACCAGAGGAUUCACACUGGAGAGAAACCGUACAAGUGUGCACACUGUGAGAAGAGCUUCAGUUUCUCAGGAAACCUGAAAGCUCACCAGAGAGUUCACACUGGGGAAAAGCCGCAUCAGUGCUCGGCAUGUGGGAAGAGUUUCUCCAUUUUGUCUAAUCUGCGAUAUCAUGAGAAAAAAAGUUGUGCAAAGUUAUCCAAGUGACCAAAGUUUCCAUCGAAAUACAUAUUUAUUAUGGACAUUAAGAGGUCAAAACUUAACUGUGUGUUUCCCAGUACUGGGUUGCAGUGAAGCUCAUCAAGAGUGUGCAAAUUAGUAAUCAAAGCAAAAGGUGGCUACUUUGAAGAAGCUAGACUAUGACGAUUUCAGUUGUUUCACACUUUCUUUAUGUAUAUAAUUCCACAGGUGUUCAUUCAUAGUUUUGAUGCCUUCAGUGUGAAUCUACAGUCUUCAUAGUCAUGAAAAUAAAGAAAACUCUUUGAAUGAGAAGGUGUGUGCAAACUUUUGGUCUGCUCUGUACAUUGUAAAAGCGCUAUGGCAUUAAAGAUUAAUUUGAUUUAACCAGAAUAACCUGAGAAUAGUUCAUUAGUUUGGCAGUGAAUCUGAUGUUCCUCUAGAUGGCGCUGUUUACUUU